CAGAUCACCAGUUGAGUUCCUCGACAGCCACUGUCAAUAUGUUUCGCCUCGUCUUCGCCGUUCUGCUGCUGUGCGCCGCUGUCCACUCGGCUCCAAGCUAUGGAUAUCUCGGAGGAGGAUUAGGCAACAUUGGAUUCACAGGAAUCACACCCUUCGGAGGAUUUGGUGGACUCGGCACAGGAUUCGGCACAGGAAUUGGCACAGGAUUCGGUUCUGGAUUUGGUGGACUCGGCACAGGAUUCGGCACAGGAUUUGGCGCAGGAAUCGGUUCAGGACUCGGCUUGGGACUAGGACGCGGGCUCGGACAAUUUGGACUUGGUUUCGGUGGCCUUGGGUAUCCAGGCCUUGGAAAUGGUUUAGGGUAUUUUCGCUGAGAAGGUGAGAUGGGAAUCUCCAACUCGCAGCCCCGGCCACUACUAUAUUGCACGACCCAUGAAAACUUUUUUCCUUCAUAAUUUAUAACCUUUGACUGUUUCUCAAUCGAACGCAUUAAAUAAAAAGCCUUCAGAGAAC